CAUCUUAGAUGCAUCAGAUUUAGCGUCUAUUUUCACGUCGCACGGACGUAAAUCGAAUAAAAUAUGAGAGAUUCCGUGAAAUCAUCUAUCAUCUGAAAUCGCUGUGUUAUUCCGAAUCAUUUUUGAAUAUUAAGAAAUUCAAAAAUAUCACACUCCGUGAAAUUAAUAUCCGUCGCCAUCUUACAUGCCUCAUAUUCCGUUGCAUUAGACAUUUCUUUCCCCUCACCCUUUGAGCUUCACCCCCGCAGGAAUACACUCUGUCCCAUGAUGUUAACCAAUAAAAUUCAAAGAACAAAAAGCAAAUUUAUCUAUAUAACCUAUACAUGAAAUAUUACGGCAGCAAUGUAUUAGUAAGAAUCUUACAAUAAUGGAAUUUAGAAACCACAAAGAUGGCAAGCAGUGAAGAAGUAAGAGAAAUAUUGCCUUUUGAAACAUUGACAGAAUUAUACAAUGCCUUGGAAAAUGGAUUAACAGAAUUACCAGUAUCAUGUAUCACAGAGUCAGUUGAUUAUGUAUAUCAAGGUUCAGAAAUCAGUGCACAGAAAAUUUCAUUGGAAAAAAUAGACAGAGAUGAACAGCCAAGGACACUUGUCUGUCAUGACAUGAAGGGUGGUUACUUGGAGGACAGAUUCUUAUGGGGCUCUACCUCUCAUGAUUCUUAUAUAUUUUAUCACUGGAGUGUUGUCGAUACAUUUGUUUAUUUUAGUCAUCACUUUAUAACUAUUCCACCCUGUGGGUGGAUCAAUGCAGCACACCAUCAUGGUGUAAAAGUAUUGGGUACUGUAAUUACAGAAGGAAAUAAUGAUACUUGGAAUAUGAUUCUUAUAUCACAGGAGAAUGCAAAAAAAUUUGCAAAUGCUUUAAUAUUGGUUGCAAAGUGUUACCAAUUUGAAGGCUGGCUUCUGAACAUUGAAAAUAAAAUUAAUCAGGAAGAUAUUGAUAAUUUAAUAUAUUUUGUUAAAUAUUUAACAGAAAAUAUUCAUAAAGAAAUUGAAAAUUCAGAGAUUAUCUGGUAUGAUAGUAUUACCAAUAAGGGAGAAUUGAAUUGGCAGAAUGAACUGAAUGAUAAUAAUAAAGAAUUUUUCUUACAUUGCGACGGUAUAUUUUUAAAUUAUAAUUGGACGGAAUCACGACUUAGCAAUAGUCGCAUAUUUGCAAAGGAAUUAGGUCGUGAUGGUAAAGAUAUUUAUGUAGGAUUAGAUGUUUGGGGCAGAGGAUGUCCAGGUGGAGGAGGAUUUAAUUCAGCAUAUGCGUUAGAUUUAAUUCGAAAACAAGAUCUUUCUGUAGCGAUUUUUGCACCUGGUUGGACGCAUGAAUACUUUGGUCCAAGUACUUUCCAGGUGUUAGAGGAUUUAUUUUGGGCUCAGCUGUUUCCAUAUCUAUAUGUACAUGUACCUAUUUAUGAAGAUGAAACAUUUAAGACUUCCUUUUGUCGUGGUGCUGGUGUCUGCUAUUAUUAUAAUGGCGAAGAGCAUUUUGAACCGUACAAGAUAAACGGCGAGAGCGUGCACGGAAAAAAAACAUUCUAUAAUUUGCGAAUGCAACAACUGCAACUAGCAGUUCCCGCGCCGCAUUUACAAUUUACGCGAUCUACACAAACUACCCUUGAAGAUGUUAAAGAUGACGAUGGAGUUAAUAAUGGUCAAGGUGACAAAAAUAAUGAUAUUAAAAAGUUACGUACACGUAUAGAACAUAUCUAUGAAAAUAAGAGGAAUAUUAUACGAGUGUGCGAUAAUGUCGUCAAUUUUGAAGAAAAAUUACCUGCCCCUAAUAUCAAUACUUUCGAAUUCUGUGAUCAAUUUUCCUAUAAUGGUGGUGGAUGCUUGAAAUUAAUUACUACAGAUGAUAGAUUAUAUCAUAGAUUGUUCUUGAUUCAUAUUGACUUAAAACAUAACAUCCAGGCAACCAUCAUUUACACAGAACCUGGAACUUUGAUAAAUGAAUCUCACAAGGAUCCUAUCUUGAUUCUAGGUAAUGAUGGUAAUCUAAAAUCGAUUCUGCCUUAUAGUUCCAUCAGAAUAAACGCCAAGUGGAGAAAAUGCAUUUACUUAACGAAUUUAAGGACUGUAGACGAGAUCGGUGUGUCCCUUCUGAAACAAUGUAAUUGCUACUUGGGUGAGAUUGUUUUGGAAAAGAGCGAUCAUCGUUUUGGUAUCGUUCUGGUCGUUUUUGGUGUUUUGGCGCUCGUCCAUGGCGCUUCUUUGGGUAGUUCCGGUGCAGGACUCUGGGCAGGUGCAGGUGCCUUGGUUGCCGGGUCUCUAGGAGUGGUUGCAACAUUAGCAACGUCUUCCACCAAAACAAAUUCCGCUUUCGCAUCCGCUCAUCUCGCAUCCAGCUUGAUUGCUCUUGCUCUUUCUAAUAUGGCCGCUAUAACGGCCUUGACAGCAGUCGUCAGAGAUUCGCAAAGAGCAUCAGAAGUGUCGUUUCUCAAUCUCUCGGAUGAUGACAACAAUGUGAUGGAAGCAGACGGUGGUUUAGCAGGUCUAUUGGCAAGUAUCGGCUUGCUAGUGGCAAGUGUGGCAGAGCUAUUGGUAUCCGGCUAUAGCUGUCUGACUUUGACACCAAAAUUAUGCAGCUGUCUGCGAAACAGCGUAACAGACGAAACGUUGACGAUUGAUGGUCACCUAAAAACUCGCAAUAUGGUUCAUCAGUGGGUCAUUGCGCAGAAUCACGUACCCGCGAAGAACCAGCAACCACCGAUCUAUGUGAUGCAGCCGAUGCCGGUGCCAAUGCAUCCGAUGAUUCAACCACCCUAUGGUAUGCCACCACCAGCAUCAGGAAAAUUCUCGUUUGGAACAUUCGUACCUGGAACUCUUUCGAUUUCUACAUCAACGACAUAUGGCGCCCUACCUAUGUUAUCGCACAUGCCUCCGUAUGUUGGACGACCAUCAUCUCAAAUGAUAAGACCAAAACAAAAACAUCAACCGCUCGCAGAUCUGGAACAACUAGAAACAAGGAGACAAAUUGAGAUUAAGAAUAACUCCUUGAAAAGGAUGUCAUCAGUUGGAGAGGAUCAAGUGGAUCUGGCGCAAACCUACACAGGAUUGGACAAGAGAAUUUCCGAAGAGUUUAUUUCAAUUGCUAUGGAUCCAGAUAGAAAAUCGAAGGCUUCCAGUCAUUACGGCAGCGAAAUCGGAACUACAAAAACUUUUUAAUGAUUAUUACAGUAAUUAAAGGACAUGGUGCAAAACCAAAAAAGCUAUUUACUUAUAAUUUAUAAAAUCUAUUAUAUAUACACACAUGAUUUCUCGUAUUUAAAAUAUACAUUCUCUCUCUCUCAUGUACCGAAUCAUUCAAUUUCGAGUAACAUUCAUUUAUUGAGAACGUGAUGUUUUAUUAUCAUCAUAUAUGUUUUUUGAGACGUUCACAAAAUAAAAUGCAAUUUCGAAAUGUAAAGCAAUAUUCAAGCCACUAAUAUACUAUUAUUUUGUUAAUAUUUGAAGAAUAUUAAUAUUUUUAACUUAUGCAUUACAAGUUUCAUCUUAUUUUUAAGCAUAAUUAAGUACGUGGAAAAAGAUGUAACUAAGAAUUUUUAUGCAAGAAUGCUGAGAUGUCCAUUAUAUUGCUAUUAUGAUUUAAUAUAACUGUUAUU